UUUAAUUUUCUUCUUCUACUUCUUUUCUUCCUUUACAAUCUUAUGACAUUGAAUUUGCUUCCUACGCUUUCAUAUAUGUCUAUGCUUUAUAAAGUUUAGUUAAUUGAAACAUAUAUAGCGUUACAUGUUAUUAUGGAGAAGCUAAUAAGGCGGUAUGAACGUGUGUUCAAGCACUUUGAUGAGAACGGAGACGGCAAGAUAUCGGCGGCGGAGCUGCGGCAGUGCGUGGAGGCGAUGGGGGAGGAGUUGUCGGCGGCGGAUGCGGCGACGGCGGUGGCAAUGCUGGAUGGCGACGGGGACGGGUUGGUGGGGUUGGAUGAUUUUGUGAGGUUUGUGGAGGGAGGGGAAGAGGAAGAGAAGGAGAAUGACCUAAAGGAGGCUUUUAAGAUGUAUGAGAUGGAUGGAAGUGGUUGCAUCACACCAAGGAGUCUUAAGAGGAUGCUUAGUAGGUUAGGUGAGUCUAGGAGUAUUCAUGAGUGUGAGGUUAUGAUAGCUAGGUUUGAUCUUGAUGGAGAUGGUGUGCUCACGUUCGAUGAAUUUAAGGUCAUGAUGUUCUAAUGUAUUUAUGUUCUUCUAAAAUUCUUUUUAUUUAUUUAUAAACUUGUGAUUGAUUGGUUUCUUAUUUGGA